AUGGGAGAAUCAAGACAAGAGCUCGUGGCAUGGCUUAACAACCUGCUACAACUUAAUAUCACAAAAGUUGAACAAUGUGGCACCGGUGCUGCGUUAUGCCAAGUCUUUGACAGUAUUUUCCUCGAUGUACCGAUGUCAAAAGUCAAGUUCAAUGUCAAUACUGAAUAUGCAUAUCUACAAAAUUUCAAAGUUCUUCAAAACACCUUUACCCGCCAUCAAGUCGAUCGAAACAUCCAUGUCGAACAACUUAUUAAAUGCAAGAUGCAAGACAACCUCGAAUUUCUACAGUGGACCAAGAGAUAUUGGGAUCAAUACUUUCCAGGAGGAGAAUAUGAUGCAGUAGCUCGCCGACGUGCUGCAGGGGGACCCGGUGCCGCACCAUCUGCUGCUCCAAGAGUAUCCGCCGGAAGUGGUGCAGCUCGCAGAGGAGUAACACCAACAACGAGCGGCGCAAGAGUUGCUAAGGUUGGAGCCGUUGGCGGUGGUGCAGCUUCAGCAGCACUGAAAGCAGAGAACGACACUCUGAAGGAAACAGUUGCAGGGCUAGAACGGGAACGAGACUUCUAUUUCAGCAAACUCAGAGAUAUCGAAUUACUGGUUCAACAAGCUUGCGAAGAGGACCCAGAGAUUGAGAAGCAGGAAGACGGCUUAAUCAAGCACAUUCAAACUAUCUUGUACUCGACUGAAGAUGGAUUUGAAAUACCGGCGGAGGCGGAGGUUGAUGACCAAGAAGAGACAUUCUAG